AUAAGCAUAAUAAUGAGCAGACAACCUUUACUAUUUCCUUUCCUUUCAUUUCAUUUCCAUAUUUCUCUGUCUUCCUUUUGGAUAAGUGGAUAACUCUUAAAUCUCUCUCCUACUCUUACUAGAUCUAACCCUUUUUCAAUUCAAAUUAUUCUCUUCUUUUCAUUCUAUCUUACUUCAAUCAUGGAGGUUUCUGUUAUUGGUACUUCUCAGAUCAAUUUAGGGAAAUCUGAUGAUAGUUUAAGAGAAUUAGGGUUCUUUACUUCUGGGAAUACUUGUCAAUUUUUGUUUCCGAAAACUAGGGUUUGCUUUGCUCAUUCGAAGAGUUUCUUAAAUACUACGACUACGACUACGACUUCUCGGUGUGGAUUUGCUAUCAGAGCUGUGCAAGCAGAUUCUUUACAUGCUGUAGAGGAUAGUUCUACAAAAAUAAAAUCUGUUGAUAACUUGAAACUGUUUGUUGGGUUGCCUUUGGAUACUGUGUCGGUGAAUAACACUGUGAAUCAUGAGAGAGCUAUAUUUGCUGGUUUAAAAGCCUUGAAGCUAAUGGGGGUUGAUGGUGUUGAACUUCCUAUUUGGUGGGGAAUUGUUGAGAAGGAUACUAUGGGACAAUAUGACUGGUCUGCUUACCUCGCUGUUGCGGAGAUGGUCCAAAAAUUGGGUUUGAAACUCAAUGUCACAUUCUGCUUUCACGCGUCUCAGGACUCCAAAAUACCACUACCUCAAUGGGUGUCUCGAGCUGCUGAAACUGAACCUAGUAUGUACUUUACUGACCGUUCAGGGAGGCAAUACAAACAGUCCUUAUCAUUUGCUGUUGAUGACUUGCCUAUUUUUGAUGGCAAAUCUCCAAUCCAAGUAUAUCAAGAUUUCUGCAAAAGCUUCAAGUCCACAUUUUCACCCUUCAUAGGAUCCACUAUUAGUGGUGUGACAUUAGGACUUGGACCUGAUGGUGAGCUUCGUUACCCAUCGUUCCAUCAUACAGCUAAGCUUAAUAGUCAUUCGGGUGUAGGGGAAUUCCAGUGCUAUGAUAAAUACAUGCUUGGACAUCUCAAGCAGCACGCAGAACAUACAGGCAACCCUUUGUGGGGCUUGUGUGGACCUCAUGAUGUUCCUGCAUACGAUGAACCUCCAUUUGUGAACAAUUUCUUCAAGGAUGACGGUGGAUCUUGGGAGACACCUUAUGGUGACUUCUUCCUUUCAUGGUACUCUAACCAGCUCAUCUCUCAUGGGAGCCGUAUUCUCUCUCUCGGCUCGACUGUUUUCGGAGAAACCUCGGUGAUCGUAUCUGGAAAAUUACCCUUGCUGCAUAAGUGGUGCAAAACUCGUGCUCACCCUUCAGAACUAACAGCUGGUUUUUACAACACAGCCAACAGAGAUGGAUAUGAUGCAGUAAUUGAGAUCUUUGCCAAAAAUUCAUGCAAGCUGAUACUUCCAGGAAUGGACCUGUCAGACACCCACCAACCAAACGGAUCAAGUCCCGAGUCACUGCUUCUGCAAAUUAAGGAAUCCUGCAGGAAGCAUGGAGUGGGCAUAGCUGGUGAAAAUUUGUCACUUCUUAGUGCAACCGAGGAGUUCGAAAAAAUAAGGGGAAAUCUCGUAAAAGACACUGCGGUGAUGAACUCAUUCACAUAUCAGAGAAUGGGAGCAGAUUUCUUCUCCCCUAAGCAUUUUCCUUUGUUCACAGGCUUCGCCCGUGCACUGAAUCAGUUGGAUGUAGAUGUCGACGAUAUGCCAGAAACUGGGAGAACUAUGGAACCUGUUCUUGUGAGCUCAGAGGUUCUUCAGGUGCAAUCUGCAUAACUUGAUUAUGUUUAGAAAUGAUUAUGUAAAUACCAAAUAUUGUAGAAAAACCUUAUUACAGACAAGAAUUGUUUUGUAUGACGUGCUUGAUAACUGCGUAUAUGAAGUCCUAUUUGAGAUUAGUAUUAGUAUUGUAUAUACAGAUUGCUCUUGUGAUCUGUUAAUAUUCAAUUUCUGUUGUCAUUAGAAUAACUUCAAUAUAAAGAUUUUGGCAAUACAAUUAUUAUUAUUGCCGUCCCUUUCA